AUGAGUGCCGAUAAGGAAACAUUGCUGAAACUGUUGACUGAAGCCCGGGAAAAUGUUCGAAAAAAGUACACAGAAUUGCGUCGUGGCGAAGCGGAUUCCUUGACUCGCGUAAAACGUCAGUUGACGCCAAUCAUUGAACCAUUAGAUAAAAUUGCGUCACAGCAACAGCAACAACAGCAAAAACAACAACAACAAGAACAAUUACAGCAAACUAUCAAGAGUUUAAACAAUGAUAGAUACACUGUGAAACACGAUGACGGGUUUUUCCAUCAGUACAUGUAUCAAUGGUCAAUGAACCCUAAUAGAGAUAAAAUGUAUGGACCAAAGGUAUCACCGGAUGGAACAAUGACAUUAGGUGAAGCCGACAAUAUCUUUCUCGACAGAGGAACAAUUAAUGUUUUAGAUGAAAAAUUCCCGCUCACUAUGGGUCUUGUGGAUUUACUGUUUUCGAAAAAUCCUGGUGUUUACUCCGAAUCGGAUUUGUAUGCGUACAAAACGAUUCUCGGCAAAACCGGUGUGCAUUUAAAUAAAGACGGAACAUUGAAAAAAGGAGGUCAAAAGUAUGUAAACACCAUUAAACCAUUGUUUGAUAACGGUUAUGGUGGUAACCCAAACAAUUCCUUACCGUUGUUUGAAAGCAGCAGCAGCAACAUCAGUGACACAUCCAUUAUCGGUGCGGGUCUACAAUUGAGAUUGUACAACAAGAAAAAAGAUUACGUGUACUGGGACGACUCCAACGAGCUUGUGGAACGUUUACGUUUAUUGAUAUCAACCCGGUCGGUNGUUUAUUGA